UCCACUCAGAUUGUCUCUGAAUCGAAGGAGGAUGGCGGAGCAUGCCCAGGACGUCCCGUACGCCUCGCAGGAACCGUUCAGUGGAUGGCUCCCGAGAUAGCCAGCCAGAGCGACACGCUAGAAGGGUCUGCGGACAUUUGGUCGUUAGGAUGCACCGUGAUCGAGAUGGCCACCGGCAGAGCGCCGUGGUCGGAUGUGGAGGACACGAUGUCAACGCUGUUUCGCAUUGCCUGCACCAACGAAGUCCCUGCUUUCCCCCCGCAUUUGUCAUCAGAGGCCAAAGACUUUCUCUCCAAGUGCCUUGUACGAGAGCCGUCCCGCAGGUGGUCUGCUUCCCAGCUCCUUGAGCACCCGUUCCUAGCCGACGCCAGGCACGAAGCAGUCGAUUCUGUGCGCCGCGGGAGAAGGUCUGCAAACCUGGUGGCGAGAAACUCCCAUCCCGUUGGUUUCCCGGCGCGUGCGACUCAAUUCCCGGCGGACGGGUUGGUGUCUUCAACUUUGGGUAGCGAAAAGGAAACUGUUAUGGGAGAUGCCGUCAAAGAAGGGGGCGAGUUAUGUUGGGGAAGGGAGAGGUUGACGUGCACCUCGAGUUUGCUGAAGGCUCCCGAACAAGAAGUCUCUCCUCGAGUUGUCUUUGAUCUUCCAACUUCCUUCGGCUCGGAGUUAUCGUUGGAUGCUGUAAAUUGCCCUGCGUUAGCUCCGGGUUCGUUUCGUCAGGGCAACGAAGCCAGCUCACCGGAUGCCCCCGUGGAUGGCUUGGGAUGGGAAUGCGCUCUUGGCGCCGACAAACGAUGUGGGAUGGUAGGGGUAACAUUGUUGCAGCCGAUCGAGUGCCAGGACCGCGAAGCGCCUGUCGAGGGACACCUUCGGCGGCCUUGCGACCCCACGACGGCAGGGGCGGCCGUGGAGGAUGGGUCCUCCCCGCGUCACUUCCUGUUACGUUUGUCGUCGAGAAGGCAAAUGUUGCGAGACGCCUACAAUCACUCAGGCGCUCGCAAUGAGGAGGCAGCGGCAACGGACAAGGCGGAGGGUAGACUGUGUCUGCCAGCAAACGGUGGUUGGUCAUCACGGGCUCCAUGCGGAGACUGGAUUCAGGUGCUCCGCGGCAGGAGAGAACAGGGGUGUAGAGUAGCUAUUCCGGCCGUCUGCCGGUGAGUGGCGGUGGAGAUAAAUGCGUUUGGCAAAA